GCUUCUCAUUUCAGCUUCGUUCAGUUAUACAAUUUCGCAAUCACGAAACCCAACUUCCACCACGAUGGCGAGAGUGCUUGCGGAACGAAUUCCCGAUCAUAUCUGGAACUCUCAUAAGCUUGCUAUUGGAGAGUUAUAUAUUGGAGAAGACAGGAAGCUCUGCGGUCCUGGAGGCGUCAUGGACAUCAUGAAAAGACGUCACGGAUUCUCGCCUACCAAAUCGCAGUAUGAAAACAAAACUGCCUUUUGGGGCAUGCGCAAGAAGAUCACUGAUAAGGAAUGGAACGCGAUCUUGCCUCGCGUGCAGGAAAGAGAGGAACGUGGUCGGCAGACACACGUCAUGUUCAACGGCCUCUGUCUCGACGAGAAACGCAUAGGAAGAGAGCUGGACCGCCGCCGUUCCAACUCAAACAUGCACCAGGGUUUUGUGCAAGUUGCAGACCCUGGAACCCCUCCAGGCUUUUCAAUACAAUCGCCACCGAACAUCGCCGACACACAUGAAGAUGAGAUCAUGAUGGACCCGAGUGUACCGUCUCUUGAUGCAGUUAGUGACAGCCUCACCCAAAAGCCAACGUCUCAAGUCACGGCUAUGGAUACCAGGCCCUUGCCAUCGGGGCCCUCGAGAGCAUGUGCUCAGAACAUUCCCAAACAGACAAAACGUUCUUCAGCGAGAUUGUCCAAUACUCGUUACCAUGAGCCAUAUUGGCUUUGGAUCUGCUGUGCCUGUAACAGCGCAUGAAAUUCGGUGAAGAUGGAUCUAGGUUGUGCACACUGUGGUAACCACUGGCGUUGCGUUCACUGUAAGGUUGAGGGUCCAUGUGCAUGUGGAUGUGGGAAAUAUUAGUG